GAAGAGGGGAGCGCGGCAGCGCCGGGCCGGCCUCGCUCACACUUAAAGGAUAAAGCAGCGCCUGAACAGGGGCUUGAACCCUGGACCCUCAGAUUAAAAGUCUGAUGCUCUCCCAACUGAGCUAUCCAGGCUCACGUCGGGGUUGGUGGGCGGCGCUGGUGACGGCCCGCCGAGGACCCCACGCUGCCACCGCCGGAGGGACAGCGCGGGGCGCGCUCUAAGGGACGCAGCCGCGUUCCCGCCCCGCCGCGCCUUUCUGUCCCACCGCGGCCACCGUCCGGCGAGGGGCGGGGCUUAGCGCCACCCGGAAGCGCGAGCCGCCCACGUGCGGCCAUGGCGGCCCCGGCCAAGCGGCGCAGGGCGGCGGGGCCGGACCCCACGGCGGGCUUCGUGGCGUGGUGCGAGGCGGCGGGCGUGGAACUCAGCCCCAAGGUGUCCAUCAGCCGGCGGGGCACGGUGUCGGGCUACGGGCUGCUGGCCGCCGCCGAUCUGGAGCCGGGCGAGCUGCUGUUCUCCGUGCCGCGCAGCGCGCUGCUGUCCCAGCACACGUGUGCCAUCCGCGCCCUGCUGCACGACGCCCAGGAGUCCCUGCAGAGUCAGUCCGGGUGGGUGCCGCUCCUGCUGGCCCUGCUGCACGAAUACACGACCAGCACCUCCCGCUGGCAGCCCUACUUCUCCCUCUGGCAGGACUUCAGCAGCUUGGAUCACCCCAUGUUCUGGCCCGAAGAAGAAAGAACGAGGCUCCUGCAGGGCACCGGCAUCCCCGAGGCAGUGGACAAGGACCUGGCUAACAUCCAGCUGGAGUACAGCUCCAUCAUCCUGCCCUUCAUGAAGUCCCACCCCGACAUCUUUGACCCCGAGCUGCACACGCUGGAGCUGUACAAGCAGCUGGUGGCAUUUGUCAUGGCAUACAGCUUUCAGGAGCCUUUGGAGGAGGAAGAUGAAGAUGAGAAGGGCCCCAAUCCUCCCAUGAUGGUGCCUGUAGCAGAUAUUUUGAACCACGUGGCCAACCACAAUGCCAGCCUGGAAUAUGCUCCCAAGUGUUUGCGGAUGGUUACAACACAGCCCAUCAGCAAAGGGCAGGAGAUCUUCAACACCUACGGGCAGAUGGCCAACUGGCAGCUCCUGCACAUGUACGGUUUUGCAGAGCCCUACCCCGGCAACACCAAUGACACGGCCGACAUCCAGAUGGUGACCGUACGCAAGGCAGCGCUGCAGCGUGCCAAAAGUGAAGCACAGCAGCAGCUGGUUGCAGAGCAGUGGGAUUUCUUGUGCCAGCUGGAGAUGGUGGGGGAGGAAGGCGCCUUCGUGCUGGGCUGGGACGAAGUGCUGACAGAGGAGGAGCUGUCCAUGACCCUGAAGGUUCUGUGCAUGUCAGAAGAAGAGUUCAAGGAGUAUAAGGAACAAGAUGGCUGGGAAGACGACAGCGAGGAAGAGGAAAACUCAACCCUCUCUAACGCAGCUCUCUCCAGACUGAAAACCCCUUGCAAGAUGCUCCUUUAUGACAGCGUGCUGCUGACCCUGGAGUCGUACAGGUCAGACCUGAGAGCAGAGCAGGACUUGCUCAGCAAGGAGGUUUAUGAGAAACUGAGUCGAAGGGAGCAGCAAGCUUUGCAUGUGCGCUACGGACAGAAAAGGAUCUUGCAUCAGCUGCUGGAGCUGGUACAAUAAAAGCCUCGCUGCCCCUGGAAACCAGCUGCCCAGCACUGUGCUCAGGCAGGGGAGGUCAGCCUUCAGACACCUCUUCUGCAGCAGCAAAAAUGGAAGGCAAGGUGGGCCCACUUGUCCCUCGUAUGGCUUCUGGCUUUUUAGCUACCUCCGCAUCAAGAACAGUUUUGCACAGCACAGGAGUACGGGAGUAUUUUUAGGUGACUUUGCAGCAAGAGGUCUGGAGCACAACCAUCCCUUUCAUCUAGAGGACUUAGUAAAACACAGGUCUUGUAAUGGUUGUUCAGGGAAGACAGACAGCCACCAUCAUAAGAAGCAGUGGGUUCCCUCGCUCAGCAUCAGAGAUUUCAGGCAAUCACUGUGCCUCAAUCCAGAUGAACAAAGCAGCAAUCCAGCUGGCAGCUCUUCCCUCACAGCAGUGCCGAGUACAAGUGCUAAGAACUGAACACCUCAGCUAUUCUUCAGUACUGAGCAUCGUGCAGGCAGGAGCCCAUCCGUGGCUGGCUUUCCCAGGGGCUCAGUACAGCACCAUGUUCCCUCUCACCUCUGCACAAGGCAGUUCUGUAAGUGCUUGAGACCCGGGGAGCAGUCACAGGUGUGCAGGUGCUGCAGGUUAGGCAUCUGAUACACACCCUAAUUCAGACACUGCUAUUCUGCAUCACAUACAGCCUUAUUUUUCCCUUGGCAGCUUUGUAAGGUAACACACUGGAGGUUUGCAGGCCAAGUUACAUUAAAUAAAGAUGGAAUUUCUUUAGCCAGCCAA